UAUUGUUCGACGUCUUCCCAAGACAGCAGCGACUUGGUGGUUUCCAACUCCGGGAGAGUCCGUUAAUGUCCGACCUUCUUUCAUCGCUUAGACUUAACAUAAAAAAAAACAACCGACAAACUUCGGUCGGUAGUAAACAAACAAACAAACAUGGAGAGGAUUUAGAAGAAGGAAUAAAGUGGGUAACGUCGAGGGGAGCUAACAGUUGAGGAACCACCUCGGACCGGCGUCGGUGGGAGGGCGGGGCUGGAGAUGGGGGAUCCGGAGCCUCCAGAGUUUGGGUCCCUUGAAGAAGAGCUGGAGUACUGGAGGGAGCAGGCUGCCCGGCACCAACAGAGCGCUGAGGAAGCCCAGGAGGAACUGCAGGAGUUCCAGCAGAUGAGCCGGGACUACGAGGUGGAGCUGGAGACGGAGCUGAAACAGUGCGAGGCGCGAAACCGCGAGCUCCUCGCCGCCAACAACCGCCUCCAGAUGGAACUGGAGAACUACAAGGAGAAGUAUGAGACGCAGCACUCGGAGGCCUACAGGCAGAUCUCCACCCUGGAGGGAGACCUGGCCGAGACCACCGCCAUCAGAGACCAGCUUCACAAGUACAUCAGGGAGCUGGAGCAGGCCAACGACGACCUGGAGAGAACCAAGAGGGCGACCAUCAUGUCUCUGGAGGACUUUGAGCAGCGGAUGAACCAGGUCAUAGAGAGGAACGCCUUCCUGGAGAGCGAGCUGGACGAGAAGGAGAAUCUCCUGGAGUCCGUCCAGAGGCUGAAGGACGAGGCCCGAGACCUGCGGCAGGAACUCGCGGUGCAGCAGAAACAGCAGGUUCAGGACAGGAAGCCGUCCCUCAGCAGCAGUGCAGUCAAAGAGCCUUCCUCCUCCUCCUCAUCCUCGUCGUUGGCUGGUUUACCCACCCCCCCGCUCACCCCUCCCGACAAAAGAACAGAGGAUAAAACCACGUCUUCAUCCUCCUCCAACCAGCCCGCCCCCUCCACCACCACCACCACCACGCCAUGCAGACCUCCGGCCUCAGCAGAAUCCUUCGCCACCCCGCCACCCUCCGCCAGCAGAGGUGAAAGCCUCUCGGGGACUCCUCUCACCACGUCGGCCAGAAUCUCGGCUCUCAACAUCGUUGGAGAGCUGCUGAGAAAAGUCGGGAAUCUGGAGUCCAAGCUGGCAUCGUGUCGAGAGUACGUCCACGGGCAGACAUCGACCCGCAGAGGCCACGCUGGUGGACCGGGGUCGGCGUCGGCGGCCCCGAGCAACCCCUCGGAGACCCAUCCUACUAACGGCCUCUACAACAAGGGGCUGGUGAAGAGGUUAGAGUUCGGAGCCGCACCCAAGCUGCUGCUGUGAGAGUGAAAGCUGCUCCGCCUCGACCCCCUUCGUCCUCCUCUGAGCUGCUCAUCCCCUUCCUGUCCAUCCAGCCUGGACCUCCCAGACGAUUAACGGUACUGUGUGCUCUCGCUGGGAGCUGGAUGGAUAAUAAUAAUAACGGAUGGAUACUUCGGGAUGUUACCAGCUCAGCUCUGUUUAUUAGCAGGACUUCUUUUCAGCACUCGCACUUAGCUUGAACUAACUUAACUGGACUUGUGUUGCGUGUCACCACCUCACCUUCUGUGGUUUUGUUUGCCAAGAGUAUUUUUUUGUCUCUUUUUUUGCUCAGAAGUUGUGUUAAGACCGAACAUAAAGCCAAUUUCUGCAGCCAUACGGAGUCUCUCGUGCACAACGUUGAGUCAGACGCCACCAAACUAGUUUCAUUCUCACUGGAACAAGUUGUCUUAGAUUUAUAAUGAAUUACAGAAAGAAACAUCAAAAUAUUGCAGUUGUUUUAGAAAUAAGACAUUUUAGGCCAAACAAAGCCUGUUAAAUCGAGACAGACGACCACCCACCUAGAGCCGGAGGAUCUGUCCUAGGUUUCUGCCUUUUAACAGGCAGUGUUUCCUUGCCCUUGUCUCCAAGGUCUUGCUCAUGGUGGUACUGUUGGGUCUCUGUAAUUAAUGUUUUAAAGAGUUCGGUCUAGACCUGCUCUAUUUGAAAAGUGUCCUGAGAUAACUUCUGUUAUGAAUUGGCGCUAUACAAAUAAAAUUGAAUUGAAAAAAAAUUAAAUGCUGGAGGGACUGUUUAAAAAUUAACAGUAAUUACAGCUAACAACAAAGUUUUGUCGUCUUUAAAGGCUCCCGAGGCGGAUUUCAGUCGCUCUCUAAAGCUUCAUGGAUGCAUUUACACAGAUUCAAUAUCUAUAGAGUCAUUCAGUGUAGAGAGAAAGUUAAACAGUCUGGGACAUUUUCCAGGAGUUCAUUCAGGUUCAUUACAGGUGGGUGGGUCAACAUUAUGGCCUCAACCCAGAAGAAACAGUUCAAAUCAAGCAGAAUUGAUCUUGUUUUUACAGAAAAUUUGGCGAUUUCCAGGAUUCUUGUUCAUUUUAAUCAAAUUCCAGGUGUUUCAAUAACUAGAAAAUCAGUCAAUUAGUGAAAUGUACAGGUAUUCCAGGUUUUCCAGGAGUUGUGGGAACUCUGCUCCGUCUAUUAAAAACACCUCAGCGUUCAAACCAAAGUGAAAAUGUGCUUCAUGUUUAGUCUGAACACAUCUUAAAGUGAGUGCUGAACACUGGAAGGGAAGCUUUUAUCUCCAGGAGAGGGUUUCUGAUCCACUGAGGAUCUGCUUUUAUACAACAUGGCUCCGGAGUAUCCGGAUAGUUUUAGUUUUAGAUUACAGAUCGAUUUUAACAAAAGACAGAAAACUCGGUGAAUGGAUGGAUGUGGUUGGCUGAGACUCCUGUCAAUCAAGCGAACCCGGUUUAAAAACACCUUCAGGUUUUAACGAGCUGUGACUUUUACUUUAUAAGUGUGGAAGAAAUGUUACUCUGCCUUUCAGACGCGACGCCUUGUGGCCGUCAGCGGUUCUGCCUCUUAAAGCUGCCUUCUUUAAUUAAUUAAUGUUGUAAUAAUGAAUCACAUGUGGGAGUAUUGAUCGCCUUCUCUGGAGCUCCAUGAAGCUUUUUAGCCUCAUUUAACUUUCUGGUAAUUUAGAGUGUGAAGGAAUGAAGGAAAUGUUUUAUUAUCAGUGCUUUCUCUCCCGUAUGAACCCGUUAACGUCUGUGAUGGACGCAGAAUUUCACCCAGAAUUUAAUAACUUCCUCUGUUUUCCUGUUGUCGUUUGUCUUUGUUGUCCUGAUCCUGAUCCGAGUCCUUCGAUAUUUACAGAAUCUGAUCCGAUACUGAAACUAAACCGGGGCACAAUCCAAAACCAUUGUGUCAAGUUAGCUCAAAGUAAAAAAUAUUGAUUAAAUAUCAGAUAAUCACAGUAUUGAUUAAAUAUCAGAUAAUCACAGUAUUGAUUAAAUAUCAGAUAAUCACAGCUUUACUGGCAAAGCUACUCCAUAGAUUUUAAUAACUUUAAUAUAGUUUAAGUGUGCAGCUGCAUUAUGUAGAUAAACCGGCCGAUGCUGUGCUCACGGGGAAGAGAAACAAAAAGUGUCUUCGUUGUCGGUGUGGCUGCUGUGGAACGACGUUCGCGCUCCUCGUUGUGAGUUCGAGCCCCGAACUAUAACUCUCUAAAACAACUCGCUCUAGAGCAUGUUGCUGAUUGUCCUGUAAAAAUAGAACCUCAAACUUCCACCGGGAACGGCUUUAUAACGUCACAAGCGUUUCAGAACGUGUUUAUUUUGUCCUUACAAAAAAAAGGAAACAAAAACUGAAUGUUUCUCCACUUAAACAUCUAACCUGCCUCUGACUGACUCUGGUCCGCUGCCACAAUGUUGUUGUUGCAUGAAAUUUGAUCUGGAGUCUGCAGGCGGUGUUUUAUUUUGAAAAUUGGCCGUAUUCUCUCCCCCGUUGUCUGUGUCUGACUUCCUGCUCUGCUCGGUGGGUUGUGGUUCCUUUUAAAAAUAGACCAGCUGUUUAUUCCUCUGGUGGAAUUUAGAGCCGGAGCACAUCGGUGGAAUCAGUGGUUAUACAUGACUUAUGUCGGCAGCCACUCAAUAUUAUGACUCGGAUCAGAAUACAGGAAACUGAUCACAUUCAUGAACCCUUCAGCGCCACCAUCAGGACAAACUUGUAGCUCUGCUGUUGUUAAAAGCUCUCAGAAUAUAAAAUAACCAGGACUUUGAUUUAUUAUGUGAUGAAUUUGAAGCCUUUGAAUCUUGUUCCACCUUCAGACUGCGGAGACGCUCUCUUUUAAUCUGAAUCCCUCCGCGGAGCUCUACUUCUGUCUCUGCAGGAGUGAAAUACGUCUUCUGUUAGUGAGGAGAUAUGAAUACUUCAGUGAAGGCUACUCGUGUUUUAUGUUAAAAAGAAACAAAACCCGUAUGUAAUAGGUUGUAGUGUGAUAUACUGUACUUCUACUGUAGGGUCACUAACGUAGGUCGAGUCUGUAGGUUGCGGAUCGGUUGAGUCUACAAUGAGAUCUCUGGAUCUUUAAUAUGGAAGGUCAAAGGUCAGUGUGAACGCAGACGAUGAGGUUUGGUGUGUUUUUCUGCCUUAUGUGACUCUGUAAGAGUACCUAACACGCUCACAUACAAAGUGCUCAGACCUGUUGUGCUCUUUGUUUACCCUCAGUGCUGCUUAUGUUUCUGAAAAUGCAAUAAAACUUGAAAUGUGAAAAUAAA